AUGUUUAGUAGAUCAAUCGGGCUAUUAACCAGAAGUUCAUUAUUAAGAUCUCAAACAUUACUUUCUAAAUUACCACUAAAUCGUACGACUCCCUCCACAUUUUUCAAACAAUCAGCCAUGACUUUAAUUACUAUUUCCCAAUCCUUAGAUGAAGCUUACACCAAAAGUAAAGUUGUUCCUGAAGUUGUUGACCAAUUCGAUACUCAAGGUUUAUUAUCUAUUGAAUAUGGUCCAACUGAAUUAGUCACUUUAGGUAAUACCUUAUCUGUUGAAGGUACUCAAAAAAUCCCAAAAAUUCAAUUGACCUUAAAUUCUCCUACUCAGGAUGGUAAAAUUGAAUCAAUUGGUGAAAAUGAUAAGUUUAUUCUUGUUAUGACUGAUCCAGAUGCUCCUUCUUAUACUGAAAAGAAAUGGUCAGAAUAUUUACAUUGGUUGGUUACUGAUUUAAAAUUGCCACAUUCAACCAAUUCAAAUGGUGAACCAGAAAUCAGCCAUUUUAUUGAUGUUAGCGAAGGUAGAGAAUUGGUUCCUUAUAUGGGUCCAGGCCCACCACCAAAAACUGGUAAACAUCGUUAUGUGUUUUUAUUAUAUAAACAAGAUCCAAAUGCUGGUCAAUUGACUGCUCCAAAAGAUAGACCAAAUUGGGGCACUGGUGUCCCAGCUAGUGGAGUUAGAGAUUGGAUUAAAAAGAAUGCACCUGCUUCUAAAUUAUUAAGUGUCAAUUUCUUUUAUGCUCAAAAUGCUGAUAAUUAA